AUGGCCGAUGACGACCCCCAUCUGUCAAUGGCCACCCCCGACGCCUCAGUCGGUUCAUCCGCCUCACACUUCUACCCCUUCGCGACAUCCCCAGACAUCAUCCGCUCGCACGAGAAAGACGCCUUCCUCACCGGCGGCCUAGUCCAACAAGCCCAAUCCAUCGUUCGCGCUCUCCGCGGCGCCCGCUACGCUCAUACCCACUCCGACGCUAUCAAGCACCUCACCGAGCUCCUCUACUUCUCCCUCACCACGGCCAUCGGCAACCGCACCCUCGGCGAGGAAUACUGCGACCUCGUCCAGCUGGAAGAUGACACCCUCCGCUUACCCGCCAUCACUAGGCGUGUCGGAUACAUUCUCAGCAGCAUCCUAGUGCCAUGGUCACUACAGCGAUUGCUACCCGCGUUACGGCAGCGCGUGAGGAACAAGCUGGAGCGCAGCAUUGCAAAGCAACAGCUCCGCGCGGCACAGCAGGCAGGCCUGCUCAAUUUCAAUAAAUCUCCUUCCAGUACGGCGAGUAAACAGCAGAAGCCGUUCUUUACGAAACUUCGUAUCCAGCAGUAUAUCCUCGAACACCUUGAUUCGAUUACCUCCGUCUCGCCGAUCUAUGCGCUCAGCAUUGCGACGUUCUAUUUCACCGGCUCAUACUAUCAUCUUUCCAAGCGGAUAUGGCGUCUGCGAUACGUGUUUACCAAGAAGAUUGAGGAGAAUGAGCAGCGUAUUGGAUACGAGGUGCUCGGCGUACUGAUGGUGCUACAAAUUGCCGUGCAGGGGUUCCUGCAUGUACGCAAGAUUGGAGCGAGUAUGAACGAAGAUCAAGAGGAGGCUUCGGGGGCUGGUGAGAAUCGCUCAGAAGGCGGGGCACUUAUCCCAUCUAUCCAGAACCCCCUUACAGUACCCCUCCUUCCCGCGUCGACUGCCCGGUACGACCUUGAUGAAGAUCCCGGGGCGGUGGCGUGGAUUCCGGACGGUCAGCAGCGGAAAUGUACAUUAUGCUUGGAGGCCUUUAAGGACCCCAGCGUAACGACUUGUGGACAUGUAUUCUGCUGGGUUUGUGUGAGAGAUUGGGUGAGGGAAAAGCCCGAGUGUCCGCUUUGUCGGCAGGAAGUACUUUUGUCUAAAGUACUUCCGUUGAGAGGGUAG